AUGGCUUCCGGACACAACUCAUCGUUCUCCGCGUCCACCCAGCACCGCGCGCUGGGUGAUGGUCGCUCCUCAUUCAGUCAGGACGGCGGGUCGGGGGACGGGAGUUGGAAUGAUGGACUCUCGAAGAUUGGACGAAAUGGGCGAUCAGGCUCCGGGGGUAGUGCUACGACUGGCACGAGAGGAGGCUCCUCGUUGGCGCCGUCCUUUGGUGGACCGGGGAGCUUCAGUGCGGAGCUAAAGAGCAUGACUUCUCGGACUGUCACCCCACGACUCGACGGCACAUACACGCGACGAGCGAGUAGAUCAGUUGGAGAAGAUGACGUGCCUACGACCGAAGAGCGCCAGGCUGUGAUCCGAGACAAAAUUGCGAAGGAAAUGAAGAUCAAGACCGGAACGGAGAACAUGCUCGAGGCUCUGUUGGCAAAACCACCUAAGCAGACCAAGGAACAACGCUUAAAGGUGGAGUCGGAGUUGAGCUCAUCCAACCGCAAACUGGCUGAACUGCAACGUGAACUGGAAGAAGAGCUGCUUCGUGCGCAGGCACCCUCCACGACUCCCCCGCGAAGCCGGCUGUCAAGUCUAUUCCGAACGAGUCCCAUGCGCUCGCCUUCGCGAAACCCAAUAAAUAUUGGGCCAGAUACUUUAGAAGAUGACCGGGAGGAAGAAGAAGAAGACGACGGAGACAUGGAGUCGCCGACAUACGUCCUUUCGGAGACACUCCAGGCCCUGGAGAUCGAGGGCAUGUCACCCGAUUUCUACGUGGAGCGCGCCAAUAACUUAGUCGAGUUGUUCAAACGGCAUCCUACUCUCAAGUACGACCUGGCAUGGCCCGUCUUUGGCCUUCGUGUACAGGUGAUGCUUCUCAGUGACAGCAAGGAGGAGGUCGCAGCUGGGUAUCGGUUAACCCGCUACGCCAUCGCGGACCGCAAGUCGCUUCAAACAAUUCGAGCGCUGCACACGGAUGAGCUUGUGAUCCUGUCCCUUGUUAAGGAAAGCAAAGCAAGUAUCGAGCGCGAACAGGCCCUGAAGUUUGUAAGAGCUUUCCUCGAUGUCAAAGAUGGUGUGAAGGAAAUAUCUCGCGCUAUCGUGCGCACGAUCGUUUCCAUUGCCGAACAUCACGAAGACCGCCUGCGGAAUAUUUCGAUUAUGACUUUGGCAGAAAUCUUGGUCAAAGACCCCGAACUGGUUGCUUCGGCAGGUGGAUUCGCUGCUCUGCACGAUGCUCUCGCCGAAGGCACAUUCGGCGCUUCGGAGAGUUUGAUUUCGAGCUUUUUGCAUGUACUCGAUACCCCACGGAACCGGAAAUACCUCCAGGGAUCUGAGCUAGAAGCCGUUCUCGCCCCUUUCACCGAUUCUCUGGCUGACACAUUACGCAAUGGGCGAUUGAAAUCCGCCGCGCGUGCGAUCUCCGCAAUGCUAAAGACGUGGCCUGGUCUGGUCAUUCUGGCCAGGCACGAAGCCAAGCCACUCCAUUCUCUCCUUGAAUCACUUCAUUACCCUGAUACCCAAGCCCGAGACCUAAUUCUAGAGCUACUGUUCGAUGCAUUGCGCAUAAAGCCUCCAUCGUGGUCGUCCUCUUUCCUUGCUGGCCGAAGGCUCACAACUUAUGGCCGAGUCGCAAAUUUGCGCUCCGAUACAGACUUCAAAGCCAACCGGGCUUAUCAUGAUAGUGGACCAAACAAGUUUGAUCUUACCGCACACUUUUCGACUCUUAUCCUGGCAGCUUUGAUCGCUGCUGGUUUACCCCAGGCGCUCUCAGAUCUUAUUGAAGAUGAGACGGAUUCUGCUCUCCGGCGCAAAGCCACCCUUCUUCUUACCGAAGUUCUCAAAAUGGCCCAUCAUUCCUUGCCAACAGCCGUCAGUGCAAACCUGCAGGUUCUUGCGCAUCUCCUCACUCCUGCCAUUCAAUUCGAUACUGAGAACCAUGACGUUUCCACAUCAACGAUCUUCCAGAUCGAAAGUAUCAAUCGAACUUUGGCUCGCUCUGGCGGGUAUUCUGGUGGGGCCGGCAGAUAUAACCUGGAUCCCGAUUUCUCGGUCUCCCUGCUGCCCGGCGAACAAGCCAAAGACAAACUCAGCCCAUCGAUGGACGAACAAACAUUCCGAAAUGCUAUCCUGGAGACCCACGUGUUGAAUUCUGUUAACUAUAUGAAGUGGAAAUGGGACCUCAUCCAUCGCCUUGUCGAAGGCCCUCUCACAAACCCCAAACGGAUGGAUGAAGCGAUCAAAGGGUCCAAGUUCAUGAAGCGCCUUAUUGGGUUUUACCGGCCCUUCAAAUAUAGAUUCGCCAUGGUUCCAAACACGAAACCAAACCAACGAUAUGUCCGAACAGGCUGCGCCUUAAUGCGGACUCUCGUUAUGUCUUCCGAGGGUAUCAAAUACCUGGCCGAGAACAAGUUCUUGCGGCAGGUUGCAGAAUGUUUGGCUCAGUUGGACCGCAUGAGUGGCCUGACUUCUGCGUCGCCUCUUUUCUCACGUGAGCAAAUGGUCAAUACGCUGAGCGGUGGCUAUUUUGCUAUGCUAGGGACGCUGAGCGCUGGUCCUAGUGGGUUGCUCAUGAUGGAGAGAUGGCACAUGCUUAACAUGUUCUAUCACAUCAUUGAACUGCGAGAUCGAAAUGACCUUAUUCAGACAUUGCUUGGCAAUAUGGACUAUGGUCAUGCAAGUCACCUUCGAGUCAUGCUUUCCAAAGCUCUUACCAUUGGCUCAAAGGACAUUCGGAUCUUUGCUACCAAGCUCCUCCGGAAAUAUGCUGUCGGAGAUGUCACAUUAUCACCACAGAUGGCCAUCGGCAACGCAGAAUGGGUUGUAAAGCUUCUCGUGACCCAGCUGUACGAUCCAGAUGUGACAGUUUGUCAAAUUGCUGUGAAGAUUCUCGAAGAGGCAUGCAACCAACGUGACUAUCUAGAGUACGUGGUCAAGUGUCGCCCUUCCCUUGACCACCUUGGCGAGAUUGGCGCCCCGCUGCUGCUGCGCUUCCUGUCGACAUCCGUCGGCUACCACUACUUAGACGGUUUGGACUAUAUCACCCAGGAGAUGGAUGACUGGUUCCUCGGUCGGAACGACUCGUACGUUGGCCUCGUGGAAGCCGCUCUGUCCCGUGCAUAUGUCGACCAGCCACGGCGUAACAGCUUUGCGCCGGAGGACUUGGUCGACCUACAAGACGUUGGCGUUGUUCCCCCCACUUUUACCGCGAACUUGCACGGACAGCCGAGGGAUGCAGACUAUGAAGAAGACACAGAAGUGCUACUCAAAGUCAAGGGGUGCCUUUGGGCCGUUGGCAAUGUCGGGUCGAUGGAACUCGGGGCUCCAUUCUUAGAGCCAGAGAUCGUGCAGUGUAUCGUUGCAAUUGCUCAACGAGCCGGUGUACUAACCAUGCGGGGUACUGCUUUCUUUGUUCUGGGUCUCAUCUCCAGAAGCAAGCACGGGUUAAAGGUGCUGCGAGAUUUAGGAUGGGACUCUGCUAUUGAUCAAAAUGGCGAGUCGCUGGGCUUCUGUCUCCCGUCAGAUUUCCGCCAGCUUUUCUUGAUCUCUUUCCCUGGUUACAAUGCAAAUUCAAGGCGUACUCCGCAAGACAAACUCAAAAAAGCGACGACAGAUGACGAUCCUGGUAAUCAGAAGAUCCUGAAGCUGAUCGUCGACAUGGGAAAUACUGUUCUGUCCAAGCGAUCCGCGACAGACUUGCACAGCAUCAAAUCCAAGCAACCUGAACGAUUCCAUCAAGCCCAUCUCUUCCGCAAAGCACUCUGCAUCCUCGAGAGUCAUCAUUACCGGCUACCGGCCCGACGCUUUGCUAUAGAUCUUUUUGACAAGAGCGUGAUGAGACGAAUUGUCCUCGAAGAAGACUCCGAGUCCGACUCUGACUCAUCCACAUAG